AUGAACGAUGAUUUAACUCUUUCCCAUGAGAGUGAACCAAUACAGAUCAUUCAAAAUCAAACAAUUGGAGAUAGGAUUCAAAUUGCGAAUUGCGAAUGUAUUAAUCUUCAUUUAUUCGAUGAGCAUAUCAUAGCACAAGAUAUGAUAUGUAUAGUCUCAGCAUCUCCCAACAACACAACAUCGAAAUCUUUAGAACUCACAAAAUGUUCUUUGCGUGAUGUUGGUAUCAGGUUUCUUACUACACAUCUUUCCAUGUAUACUCAUCUUCAAUCUCUUGAUCUUUAUGACAAUUAUAUUACUGAUAAAGGUGUUCAAUAUUUAUCUGGCAUGCUUCAAUUAAAUCAAUCAUUAUCUGUAUUCAGAUUAGGACUCAAUAGCAUAACCAAUAAAUGA